GCACUGAUUCUGACCUUGUGCAUAUCUCCAUGUGGUGUUAAAAAUUGAAGCUAAUAUAUCUAAAGCCGCUUGUAUAAUGGUGGGAGGUUUACAUCUCAGGGUCAUCUAACAAACUACGUACAUGUAAUUAGUCCCUUCAAAUUUUCUUCUUUUUCUAAUGUGAUCAGUUUGUUCCCAGUAACUAAUUUGUUGUUUUGCUCCUAACUAUUAAUUUUAAUCCUAUGCCCUUUUCUGUGACACCAAUUUUAGAUUAACGUGAAAUCUAAAACGUUUACGCAAGCAACUGAAGGAGCGGAAAUAAAAACAAACAAAAGGAACAUUGCGUCAUAAAAUUAAGCAUAAAUAGAGAGGCAUUGGCACGUUUCUGACUAGACUGACUAUAGCCUCAUUUCUUUGAAGUCAUCAAUCUCUGUAUAUCAGCGUCCAAGAAUAUAAAUGCAUAUCUAAUGUCUUCAGUCAGGGAGUUGAAUUUAAUUGCGUUCAUUUGUGAAUUUUCCAUACUAAGUAAACUUAAUCAUAUCCAUAUCAACAAACUGACUUGUAAGUGGAGUCGAUUCAAGGGUCUCCGCAAGUUGGUGUGCAUCUAAGAUUAUAAUCAUCCAAUUGUUAACUGGGGCACUAAAACAAAGCAUCUCCGUCUUUAGCCUGAGAUAAAGAUUUCCUAAUAUUCAUUAUUUUCUAUACAUGUAGUGUGCAUCGAGGCCAUACUUUAGGCUUGAUUUAUAUAACAUAGUUCCCUUAGUGAAUGUUUCCAUCGCCAAGUAGAGUGGAAAAGUAAGUGCUUUGCUUAUGAAGAUAUUGUUCCGAUUCUUAGAGUAAUACAGAUGCUCAUGGCCAGUUAUUUCUUAUCAUGAUUACGGAUAAGAUCUAUCAGGAAUCUCCAGUUCCCAAGUUACUAAAAUUUAUCAUGUUUAUUUGCAUGCAACUCGUAAUCUUAUCACACGUUUUAGGCAUUCGUCAUUCGUUUUAUGUAUAAGUCCAAUAAUAGUAUUUGUCUUGGAUUAUAAAAAGUUGUUUUCGAAGUUAAUUCAUGGUUUAUUAUGUGUAGAAAUGUCCUUUACCGUUUUACUGUAGAGAAUCGCCAGUCGCCUCAGUUCAAGCGUAUGUUUUACAGUUUAACACUGAAGAUCGAAUAUGGCUACCAAGUGGUGGGACACGCUCACUUUCAUGGGUUCAAAUUUUACAACAAAAAGGUUUAGAUGCUUAUCGUAUCGUAGGAUGGCGUCAGCCAGAUAAUCAGGUUGUUGUUAAUUCAGUGUUAAAAGCCGGGCUCGAGUAUCAAAUACAUGGUCAAUUUCAUGAAUGGCGUGAUCCAAUCACUUCUAGAGUAUAUGGAUUACAUUUUCCGGAACAAGAAGAUGCUGAAAUGUUUUUGAAAACAAUCAAUUUUGUUUUGAAUCGACUGACAAAUCCUGAUUCCAAAAAUGCAUUUGAUAGUGAAAACAUAAACGUCAAUUCACAGUCACGUGAAUAUGCACAACCGUUUAUUUCAAAUACUUUAGAUUCAUCAAAUAAUCAUGCUGCCACACCAAAAGGUUGUAACAUAGUUAUUAAUCCAAUAAAUGUUGGCACUGAUGGAAUUGAUGCAGUUGGACAAAUAGAAAAUAAAACUACUCUACCAAAGCAACCGGAACCUAAUGAAUUGGCAAAUUAUGAAUAUCAUGAUCAUGUUAAUCAAUCUAAUCAAAUAAAUAAAUUGAUAACUGCUACUACUAUGACUAAUAAUAAUAGUUGUAAUGGUAAUAAAGAUUCUGGUGCAUUUGAAACACAUCGUCGUCAACUAUCUUCUACUUCAUCAAUCAGUUUAGGUUAUGCUACAGGUCCUGGAACAAUUACAACCCCUUCAUCUGCCUCUUCGUCGUCUGCUGGCUACGGUUAUGGUUAUGGAUAUGCAGGUUCAGGAAGUUUAGCUAGUUAUGCAAGUACUAGUAGUAGUGGAAGCAGUGUUGGUAAUGGUCCAAUUAAUGGUAAUUAUAUGGGCACAAUCCAUCGUCUUAGUAGUCAAAAUUUGAGGAAUCCACUUUUAACUGGAGAGUCUAUCAGCAGUAACUGGUCAGGUUUGAAUUCUCAAGUUUCUCGUGAAACUGUUGAUCAUUCAAAUGUUGCUGUUAGCACAAAUAAUUCAAAUUCAUCUUCAGUGUUAACAACAUUAGUACCGGUUAAUAAUAAUAAUAAUCAAAAUAAUGAUGAAGAGUUAGCUAAGCAGUCAGAAUCGUCUGGAUUAGCCGCUAUGCUACAAGAAGCUAUUGCCGCACGUAAACGGAAUAAAGAAAAUCGAUGUAAUGAUUCAAUAAGACCAAGUAUUAAUUCAACUUCUUCCAAUAAUCCGAUAAUUUCAACUACAAAAUCCCCACCACCGCCGCCACCACCACCCCCAACACCACCGACACUAUCAUCAAAUAAUCAACUAGACAAUAACAAAAACAACCCAAUAAAACGUACAGAUUCUACACAACAAUUAAGAAAAGAUUCCAUUGAUCAAAAAUCUUCUAUGCUAGCUGAAAUUCAACGUCGUAUACAAGCUAGACGACAAUUAAUCGAUGCUGCUGAAGAAUGUGGUUCGCCUAAAAAAGACCAUCAUUUAGAACCAUCAAAAUCUAUCUCCGUGUCUUCUGAGAAUACCGGUGGUAUAUCGACUAAUUCGAUCGACUCAUCAUUGAAUAGCCGAAACGUUAGUGCACCUAAUUGUUCCACAACAUCAAAUAUUAUAAAUUCUGAUUUAUCAUUGACUCGGUCAGAAUUGGAUAAUUUACGCCGUGAAAUUAUUGUUGAACUACGUAAAGAAGUUCAGUUGGCGAAAAAUGAAAUUAUGGAUUGUAUCAAAUUGUAUAAAGCUGUUUAACCUGGGCUAUGCGCUCGCUUGGUCUUUGUGCACGUUAUUGGAUAAACACAGCUGUCUUGAAAAUACUGAAAACUUGAUCAGCUUAUGCUAUUUCACACAUGAUACAAUCCCACCACCAAAUUGAAAUUUACAAUAACCUGUUUGCUUGUUCACUGUCGUUUUUUGUUUGGGUUGGCUUCUGAUACUCGGAAACCUUUAAGAUAGGUGAACAAGUUGCAUGUCUAAUUUUUCUCUAAAUUAUUCUUCACAUUCAGCGAACGUGUCUAAUUCUUGGAGUUUCAUUUCUUUUAUUUUUACAUCUCUUAAAACCUAUUAUUACAUUCCAUUUAUUUAUUAGUUUUUGCUUGUUUAUAUAUAAAGUGGGACAUACUACUUACAAACAACACAUCGUUCAGUAGGAUAAAUUAAUGAUGGCUUGGUAAUUUCUGUUUGUCUAGAUUACCUCAUAUACGUCUGGUAGGGUGGGUGCUACUUCUUUCUAGGUUAUUUCCUCAAUUACAUGGUCAUUUGAAUCAUUUAUAUCUUCGCAAUAUAUCCAUAAAGGGAGUAUACUAUAAAUUUUUAAUUCCCAAUGUAUUUUUUAUUUAAAUUGGAUUAGGCUUUUAUUAGUAAUAUUAAUCUAUUGUCGAUUUAAUUUAAUUAUUACCUCAUACAACUAGUCUACAUUUGCUAUUUGGUUGUGUGUCAUUUGGUCAUCAUUCGCACAAUUAUCCAUCCAAACAAAUUGCGUAGUUGAGAUCUGGAAGCCAUGUGUACUAGGCAUUCUUACAUUGAAAAAAAAAACAUGUAUGUAUGUACAAAUAGCUGAGCUUUUGUCUGUAUUUUUCUUUUUUUUGUUUUCGUAAUUAAUCUCUUUAUUAUCAUGAUGUAUCCUGUUUUGAUUUCACUUUAUUCAUCUUUUACACGCAUAUAUAGUGCCUCAGAGAUAAUUGCAAGUAUACAUAUAUGCAUUAUAGAAUGUUAAAUACUUUCCUUAAUUUUCAUUUUAUGUAAACACAUUCUUGUUUAUCAAUGUUCCUUUGAAAUGAUGAUGAUGAUACAAAUACAUACAAUAUAUAUUCUCGCAUA